AUGAAUGAAAACAAAGAUGUAAACAUUGACGAUAAACUUGCCCAGAGCAUAGUUGAUGGCAUCUGUGAUUUUGAAGUACAUAAUGACGGUGGAAAUAUGAAUUUAGAAAAAGAAGUUACAUUAUUCACACUGUUUCAAGCAAUUAAUUCAUUACCUAAUCAUUUAAUUAAUGAAGCAUACGAUAAUGUUUAUAACUUCUGUAAUUUAACUGAAAAAGCAAAAAGUAAUUUUGAAAAAGCACGUAAUAGAUAUGCACAUUUAAUGACUUCUCCAUUUGUUUUGGUGAAGAUUCUAAAACUAUAUCAAAAGGAAUAUUAUGAUGAAUAUGUUUUACCUUUAUUACGUAAGCCAAAAAUAACAUUUGAUAUCAAACUUGAUGACUCGUUUUUGAUAACAGAUAUUAGACGCAAGGCUGAAAAUCAUCAGUAUAAAAACAGUUCUGAAGUAAUUGAGGAUUUAUCACGUGUAAUCCGUUUUGUAGAUUGUGGAAAUAAAUAUUUCAUUCAAAAAGAUUACAACAUACACGACAAAAUGAAUCAAAUAUCAUUCGUUCUUCAAUCAAACAUGAAAGAGUCACUCAAAAUGAUUAAAUUAUUUAAAGAAGAAGGUAAAACCAUAACAGCAUGGGAUGUACUACUAAAUCAAUUGUCUUCAUUAACCGUUAAGGGUGUUUGCUUUAAAUCUGAUUCUCCAGAUGUUUUCUCAACGUUUCAGGGUUAUAAAUACAACGUUCUUGAAAAGCCUGAUUACUCAAAAAUUGAGAUGUUUAUGGAUUUCAUUAAAGAAGCCAUUUGUGAUAAUAACGAUGAAGUGUAUAAAUACCUUCUCGGCUGGAUUGCAUCAAUGAUUCAACAUCCUGGAAUCAAGAAUGAAACAGCAAUUAUUUUGAAAGGACUUCAGGGAACAGGUAAAAACAGAUUCACAGACAUUAUUUCUGAACUUCUCGCUG